AUGUUUCAAACUAAUCAUCUUUUCUCAGCCGAAAAGCCCGAACCUUAUGAAAGUACCUUGAGGCUACCCCAUGCGAAGUUCGUCAGCACAAAAUCCGGAUCUAGCCUUGUCGUUGUCGACGAAGGCCCCAAAUCUCAGGUCGAUAUCGUCAAGCAACUCUUUCACAGCUUUAGCUUCAGAGGACUAGGUCCUGAGGCUGUCAAUGCAGUCUUCAUCCGGGAAGAUGAAAUUGCUCUUUUCCAGCAGAGCUUCAAUAACCACUUUACCCUUCCGGCUUCGGACAACUCCACUCCAGCAAAAAUUCAACACAAUGGCUUUAGCCAGAUCUCCCCUUCUGCUUUCCGAGUAGACCUGGCAAAACUCAUCGUAUCGGAGAAGCGGCAGUCAGGCUUGCAACAGGCCAUCGACGAGGCUGAUCGCGCUGGCGUACUGCUCGUUGUCGUCUACCGAAGCAUUGACCACGUCAUCGAUGCUUUGCGCCAACUCCCAACAAAGCCAACGUACUUAGCGCUACUUGCUCCAUAUAGCAAAGCCAACUCAGAGUAUUUUGAGAAAUGGACAACGAGCGAGUUCUACUCUCUAGGUUUCAUUGUGGCCGUCACUCCACACCACUCGAAUCCGUCCAACGUCGUGUUUCCUCCAGAACUUUUCGCACAGUCACGAACAUUGUUGACAACCCCAAAUAUUCAACGUGCGCUCUUGCUAGAUGAUGUUGUGCAACGAGUUCAGGCCGUGGUUCAGAAGCCUACAGAUGCGCCGAAUCAAACAGACGAUUUCUUUAUUUACAUGGCUAGGCUCGUGAAGCGUGUGGGAGCGGCAUGCGUCUUUGCGACGGGAGCAUAUAUCUACUACGCGAGAAGGCUGUCCAAGUGA